UUCUAGAUCAAUUUCUGUUAACUUGUUAUAAUAGUUAAUAUAAUUUACAGCAUUUUCAUGAACUAAGGCAAGUGCAUUAAUUCUAAUGCUAUUUCAUUCAUAUGAAACGUAAAUUACAUUAACUAAUAUAAAAAGGCAAGAUUAAUGUUUUUAUAACACCGUCUUAAUAAGCAAAAGAUAAAGAAGUUUAUAACCCCUACUAUAGUAAGAUACUGGUAACGAAAGUAUGUAGUGAUAAUGUGAGCUUGGCAAGUCUCAGUAAACGGUGCGACUCUUUUUUUUUUGGUACGACACCAUGGCUGACGAAAAGAAAGUUACAACUUCUUUUACAAUUAGUUCAGAAACAAAUAAGCAAAAUAAUAACGUGCGAAAUUCCUCAACUGAGCAAGGUUCCGAUGAGAGUCAGAGGGCAACAUGGGACAAUGGUCUCCAAUUUUUAAUGUCUUGCAUUGCGAUGUCUGUAGGAUUUGGAAAUAUUUGGCGUUUUCCAUUUGUUGCUUACGAAAAUGGUGGAGGAGCCUUUCUUAUUCCAUAUAUAAUCGUUUUAAUUAUAAUUGGAAGACCCUUUUAUUAUAUGGAAAUGUGCAUAGGUCAGUUUACUAGCAGAGCAACUGGUCAAGCAUACAGAGCAAUUGGACCCAUGUUUGAAGGAAUAGCUUAUGCUCAACUGAUAGGAACAAUUUGUGUUCAGACGUAUUAUUGUUGUUUGAUGGCCAUAUCGUUGUUUUACAUGGUCAAUUCUUUUACGUCAAAUCUUCCCUGGUCUUACUGUAGAGAUGAAUGGAAUCAAAGCCUCGUAGAGCAAGGUUUAGAAUGUGUAGCAUCAACCUCAAGAACAGCGGCAUCAAACUCAUCAUUAAGUUCAUCGGAGUUGUACUAUAAGUGGGAAGUACUUAAAGAAGUCUCACAAAUAUAUGAUGGGAUCGGAAUACCAGAUUGGAAAUUGACUCUUUGUCUGUUAUUUUCGUGGAUAGCUUGCUUUGUUGUUUCUAAUAAUGGCGUUAAAAGCUCUGGAAAGUUUUCUUACUUCUUAGCUUUGUUUCCGUACGUUAUAAUGUUUGUAAUUCUUAUUCGAGGAGUUACUCUGGAAGGAAGCGCAACUGGAUUGCUGUAUUUUAUUCAACCACAAUGGGAUAAACUUUUAGGAGCUGAUGUUUGGUACGCUGCAGUGACUCAGUGCUUCUUUUCUUUAAAUGUUGGCUUUGGAUCUAUUGUCAUGUAUUCUUCCUAUAAUUCGUUCGAUCACCCUGUAAACAGAGAUGCACUCAUUGUGACUACGAUUGAUACCUUCACAUCAUUGUUAUCUGGUGCAACAAUUUUCGGUAUCUUAGGAAAUCUGGCUAAUGAAAUGGGGGUGGAAGUAAGUGACGUUAUAAGCACUGGUGGUAGCGGGAUCGCAUUUAUAUCAUAUCCCGAAGCGAUUGCAAAAUUUGAUCAAGUUCCAUGGCUGUUUGCCAUACUCUUCUUUCUAAUGCUGUGGGUACUGGGGGUGGGAAGUCUGGUAGCACUACAAAGUACAUUUAAUUCAAUUGUAUUAGAUGCCUACCCUAACUUAAAAACGAGUUAUGUUUCUGGAGCAACAGCUAUUAUCAUGUUCCUUGUAGGACUUGUUUAUGUUACACCGGGAGGUCAAUUCAUACUUACACUUGUGGAUUUCUUUGGAGGGACGUUCGUUAUAUUCAUAGCUGCUGUUCUUGAAAUUGUUGUUUUGAUGUGGGUUUAUGGAGCCACUAAUUUCUGCGACGACGUGGAAUAUAUGACAAAAAGUAAAGUAAGCAUAUAUUGGAAAUGGAUGUGGGGUUUCGUUACACCAACAGUAACCAUUUUAAUAUUUGUCUAUUUUGUUGCCACUAUCACUGAAGUAACCUAUGGUUCUUAUACAUAUCCUAGGUCUGCUUUGAUUUGUGGGUGGAUGAUUGUAGCUGUCAGUUGUAUUGCUAUUAUUUUCAUGGCCUUAAAACCAGUUUUCAAGAACCGAAAGUUGGGAUUUCCCGAGAUGUUCAUUGAAAGCUGUCGCUCAACCAAAUGGAAACCAGAUAGUUCUAAAGCAACCAUGGAAUGGAUUCAAUUUAAACAGGCAAAAAAAGAAGAAAGAGAGAAGAAAAAUCAAUCUUGGAUAAAACAAAAAUUAGCAUUUCUCGCUGGAAAAUGAUCCUUGAUUUUGUAAAUGCAUUAAUGUAACAAUUGUUGUAUAGAUAAAUUUAAAUUUGUUAAUAAUAAUAUAAUUUAAGAGAA